CCAGUCGUGGUCAUACAGUCGUCGUCGUCGUACCUUCUUCGUCGAAUACUCGCUGAGGUGAACGUACACCCCGGUACUGACGCGAUUCACUAGGUACACUUAUACCUUUUUAUACGUUGUGAUUGCAUCCACACACUGAGAAAAUACAAGCGAUUCAGGAGAACCUACUCGUGCUAACACAAACAAAACAUUUUUUGGUCCUAGACAUUCGUGGGCGACGUGAUAUCAAGAAACAAGUAGUGAACGUGCACUGUGACGUGGUCAAGUUCCUCCUCAAGUUCCUCAUAUUUUUUGGAGUACACACAAACGAAUAAACGUUGAUAAAAUAAGAAUUAGUGAAACUUCAUACCAAGUUUGAUAGGGCAGUGAUAAGAAUAGAUGAAUACCCCCUGGUUACAUAGUACGUACGUAGUAUAGGCCAUAGGCCUAUUUGUAAUAAAUAUGUGGUCAUUUUUCUCACGCGACCCAACUAAAGACUUUCCGUAUGAAAUUGGAGAACCUGUUGCUGGUUUGGAAGACAAGAGUUUGUGGACACUACACUGGGCAAAAAGAAAGGGUAGAACCACAGGAGAUGUAGCCGAUGUGUCUGUAUUUGUUUUUGAGUUGAAAACUAACGGAGAGGCACAGGCUGAAAUUGUCAGAGCUGCUGUGAAAAGACUCAAGACCCUUAGGCAUCCUAGCAUACUGACUUAUCUUGAUAGUCUUGAAACAGAUCAAAUGCUAUACCUGGCAACAGAGAGAGUGGAGCCUCUGCAUACUCGUCUUCGUAACAACAACAUCGUAGAUGAGAAGCAGAAAGAGUUCUACCUGUCAUGGGGAAUUUUUCAAAUCACGCGUGCCCUCAGUUUUCUCAAUAACGAUGGAAACUUAAGACACAACAACGUCAAUCUUUGGUCAGUUUUUGUUAAUGUGGAAAGCGGAGAAUGGAAACUGAGCGGUGUUGAGUACACCACAGCAGUCAAUGCUGUAUAUUCUCAGCUACCGCCAGCUUUACGAAUUUACCAACCUUUGGAAGCUAAAGAGAAUUCCAAGCCACCUACAAAAUGUUCAACAGAUGCGUGGGGUCUAGGCUGUCUUAUUUGGGAGGCAUUCAAUGGCCCACUAAAUAGCAGCAGCGAAUUAAAGACAAAAACAAAUCAGAUACCUAAACAUCUGGCUGCUGUCUUUCGAGAGCUUACCAGCAGUAAUCCAGAGGGACGACCAAAUCCAGCCGACGUCAUUGCACGUUGUAGGAGCAACGGUGGUUACUUUAAAAAUGAUUUGGUUGAUGCUUUACUAUUUCUCGAGGAAAUCCAAAUGAAGGAAAAAGGCGAGAAAGGCAGAUUUUUUUCUCAACUCGCUGGGCAGCUGGAGAAUUUUCCCGAUGGAGUUGGUAGGUACAAAAUUUUACCUCAGCUAUUGGCUGCUUUUGAAUUCGGGGAUGCUGGAAGUGCGGUACUACCGCCACUACUCCAACUUGGUCGUAAAUUGCCGGACGCCGAGUAUCAGCAACGCGUGGUUCCAUGUGUCGUGAAAUUGUUUGCCUCCAACGACCGAGCUACUCGCCUUAGACUGUUGCAGCAUCUCGAACGAUAUGUCAACAAUCUCCAGCCCUCCACCGUUAAUGAGGCAAUUUUUCCGCAGGUAGCCCGAGGCUUCCUCGACACAAACGUAGCCGUACGGGAAUACACAAUCAAGUCGGUAGUCCAUUUGGCACCCAAGCUCGACUACAAUAAUCUUAAUGUGGAGGUGUUGAGACACUUAGCCCGACUCCAAUCGAAGGAUGAACAAGGUCACAUUCGAACGAAUGCCACAGUAUGCCUAGGAAGAAUUGCACAGCAUUUACAUCCCCAAAUUAGACAAAAGGUUCUGAUCGGAGCGUUUGUUCGAGGCACCCGCGAUCCAUCCGCAUCCGCACGUAGCACGAGUAUAUUAGCUCUUGCUGCUACUCAACAAUAUUUUCUUUUACAAGAAGUUGCAAACCGAAUACUUCCGGCUCUAUGUCCUCUUGCUACGGACGUAGACAAAGGAGUGAGGGAAAAUGCCUUCCGAACGAUUCGGGGAUUCCUUUCCAAACUCGAGCGAGUGUCGGAGGACCCGGGGCUUCGCGAAUCAAUGGAGGCUGAUGUGAAUACGGCUACGCCGAGUCUGAGCAAUGCUGCGGCGACGUGGGCCGGAUGGGCUGUCACUGCUAUGACGGCCAAGUUCUAUCGAAGCCAGUCCGACACACCAAAAUCAUCAAACAGUCACGUUUCGAGAAUUCUACUGAGCAAACCAGCCUCUCUCGAGCAAGCUAGCAGUUCCCAAAGUAGUGCCAGUACGACGACGACAACGAGUAGCGCAACGAGCAUGACGUCGCUGGACCACGAUCAGGACCAAGAUGCCCAAAAUACGGCCAAUACUAAUUCCGACUACGAAUGGGAAUGCUGGGAAGCUGAUAACUGGGGUGAUAUGGAACAACAAUCUUCGGCGAACGUCAACUUCGGGACUCCUGUCACUAAGCCUUUCGGCACAACUUCAUCCUCUACUGCUGGUCCAAAGGGCAGCGAUCCACAAUGGGCAAGUCUGGAAGAAGAGCCGGAAGAAGAGAGUCAGCAAGCAUCAAAAAUUUCAGUGUACGAAGAAGGUGUACAAGAUGGGUGGGAGGAUUCGGAGUUUCAACCGCUCGAAGCCUUCGUCCCUCCGGAACAAUCGGAUGCUAAUAGCAAGCUUAAAGAAGCUAGAAGGAACCGGGAGGAACGGAAGUUGGCGCGUCAACGUCAAAUGGAAGCCAAGAGGGCGGCGAAGGCGCGAGAUACCGGUCCAGCUAAGAUGAUUUAAUUUCACGUACCGGAUUGCCAGGAAAUGGGAACAAUUGUAUCUCGAUCAUGAUAAUAAAAACCGCCAUAGAAAUGGA